AUGCGGCGCCUUGCCUACCACGCCAAGAAUUCUUGUCAAUUAGGAAUACUGAGGACUCCUUAUAAAGCUUCGACUGUACUUCGAAUCACAACCCUUAUAAAUAUUACUUCAACUUCAGCCUCGUUUCUUCAAAGUCCGAACCUUUCUUUCUCUUUGAUUCAACCAGACAAAUUGCUGAUGGAGUUGUCAGAAUCAAACUGGGCGUGGCUUCCUAAAGAUAUUCUCGACGGAAUCCUAGAUGGUAUAGUGUCUUUCUAUGACUAUGCCAGAUUCGGUGCGGUUUGCAAACACUGGUACUCUGUUGCAAAGCAACGAAGACAACAGCUUAUGGAAUUGUGGAGCGUACAACUUCCCCUGUUGAUGUUCCCUUCCGCGUAUGGUAGCGACCACCAGCACACUCUAUACAAUGUCACAACCAGUAAAACUUACGAUUUCAAGUAUAACCUGCCUCAUUAUCAGAAGAGGUUAUGUGGAUAUUCUCAUGGAUGGUUUGCGACUACUGAUAAGGGUUUGCGUAUAACUCUUCGAAACCCUUUCUUGAAUCAGAUUAUAACCUUACCCCCAAUGAUUUCAGCCAAAUCAUCUGGUUAUUAUUUUCGGCGACCGCGACGACGACGUGACUAUGAUAAAUAUUGGAUCUAUAAACUGGUAUUGUCUCAUAACCCUUAUAUGUAUCCUGACAAGUAUGAAGUUGUGGUGCUAUGUGAUGAAUGUUUGGCUGUAUUGAAACCCGGAACUAAAUCUUGGGUUUACGUAUAUGAACAUUACACCUUCUCGAAUGAUAUUAUUUAUUACGAAGGUAUGCUCCUACUAAUGGAUAAUUCUGAGCUCGUGUCCAUCAUUGUUAAUGAAAGUCGACCUCGACAAGUGGAAACAAGGGUACUGAAUGAUGGACUGCUUCCUCGUGUUGAUGAUGAUGACAAAUGCGUGGAAUACCUUGCAAAAUCAUCUGAAGGAGAUUUGCUGUACAUUCGUAGAUAUAUAAGCUACGUUGAUUGUAAGACUACGACUUUUAGGAUUUACAGCAUACGUAGGGAUUCACUGAUCACCAAUAAAGAUAAAGCUAAUGAGCAGCUAUAUUGGCAUGAGGUUAGGAGUUUGGGUGAUGAUGCAUUGUUUUUGGGAGACAGACAAUCGUUUUGUGUUAAGUCAUCUAACUUUCCUGACUGCAAACCAGACGCCAUAUACUUUGUUCCUCAUUUUUGGGACACAGCGAUUCAUGACAUGGGUGUUUUCAACUUGAAAGAUGAGAGCAUUACACCUCAUUAUGAUAGUGAUCGAUCUCCAAGAUUUCUAUGGCCUCCUUCUGUUUGGAUGGUACCAACACUUGGAUCCGCAGCUCACUUACAAUUGAAGAUGAAUAAUUAA